UAAAGAGUUUUGGCUAAAAUUCAUCUUUGAGUGCACAAGGGUAAGGUAAAAUUGAGUUAUUUUCAGUGUCCCACUAGUCACAUGCAUUCCAUCGAUAUUACAUAAAACUAAGAAAUCGUUUGGUAUUUUUGUUAAAGCAAUUUUAUACAUUAGUUAUCGUUCUAUGUUAAAAAAUAUCUUUCGCUGUUUUAUAAGUUCCGACAACUUGAUCAUUUUCUGGAGUAAAAUGUUCCACCAGUCACAAUGGAAUGGCCCAGUAUUAAAAAAUAAGCUAUUAAGUACCUUAUCAAGCACUAACAUGAGUAAAAAUUUGGAAAAUCAAAAAUUGGAAAAGGGUAUUUCGGAAAUAAAUCUGGAUAAACUUGAUCCGAAUGUGUCGAUCGAUAUGGAAGCGCCCGAGUUCAAGGACUUUGCAAAAUCUAUGGUUGAUUAUAUCGCUGACUAUUUGGAAAAUAUACGAGAUAGGUAA